AUGAACGAGUCCUCGCCCUCGCGUCAGUUUAUUAUGUUCCACCAGCUUACGGAUCAAACAGUGAAUGGCAGCUGCCAGGGAGCCGCCUCAGCUUGCAAUAAGAGCGCUGAUGGAGACGCGCUCCAGCUGCCCACUUUCUCCACAGCGGCGAAAGUCAGAGUCAUCAUCACCUUCAGUCUGUGCGCGGUUUCAGCUGUGAGCAACUUGGUUGUGCUGUAUGCUGCCGGCAACGGGGGCAAGCGCAAGUCGCACGUUCGGAUCCUCAUUAUGAACCUGACCGUGGCGGACCUGCUGGUGACUUUCAUCGUGAUGCCCGUGGACGCGGUGUGGAACAUCACGGUGCAGUGGCAGGCGGGAGAUGUCGCCUGCAGGCUGCUGAUGUUCAUGAAACUGGUGGCGAUGUACUCGUGCGCUUUUGUAACUGUGGUCAUUAGCCUGGAUAGGCAGUCCGCCAUUCUCAAUCCUCUGGGCAUCAGUGAGGCCAAAAGGAAAAGCAAGAUCAUGUUGACUGUGGCCUGGACGAUGAGUGUAAUCCUCUCACUCCCUCAGAUGAUUAUAUUUCACAAUGUGACCAUCACAGUCCCGGAGAACUUCACCCAGUGCACCACCCAUGGCAGUUUUGUCCAGCACUGGCAGGAGACCCUCUACAACAUGUUCACCUUUGUGUGCCUCUUCCUCCUGCCUUUGAUUAUCAUGAUCUUCUGCUACACACGCAUUCUCAUUGAGAUAUCCAGCCGCAUGGCCCGGGGUAACUUGCUGUCAAGAGAUGUUCAUCUCCGCCGCUCCCACAACAACAUCCCAAAAGCUCGGAUGAGGACUCUUAAGAUGAGCAUCGUCAUCGUGACGUCAUUCAUCGUCUGCUGGACCCCGUACUACCUGCUCGGCCUGUGGUAUUGGUUAUUUCCUGAAAGAAUGGAGGAAACAGUCUCUCAUUCACUAACACAUAUGCUGUUUAUCUUUGGCCUCUUCAACGCCUGUCUGGACCCCAUCACUUAUGGUCUGUUCACCGUUCAUCUUCACAAGGGUCUUAAGAGAUGCUGUCAGACAUCAAACAUACGGCCUGAAUUAGAAAACAACACUGGCCUUGUACACAGGGCUCAUCUUUCAACUCCUAAGCAGAUUGACUCAAGUGUCCACAAUACAGACGUAGAGGGAAAUGAAAGCCACAGCACAAGUGGUUCAAGGCCAAUACGCCCAGUGAGCAAGAUGUAA